AUGGAUCCUCCUGAUAUCAAUGCUGCGAUGGAUGCCCCAAGCGUUCCGGUGCUUUCGAGUCUUGUCAACUUUUAUAAAGAUAUCUACAAAUUAAACACUAUCUCCAACACGAUGACUCCCUCCGACGUCAACAAUAUGAUCAAUACUUGCAGCGUUCAAGUAGCUUCAAGCUUCCCAAAAUUCUCCCUCUUGCCUAAGGAGAUUCAACUUAAGAUAUGGUUCCAAGCCCUUCCAGAAGGAAAAAUGGUUUAUGCAACUAAACAUGGAAUAUUUCCGUCUUCGCUGCCUCAUGCACUACAAGAUGCCAGCUUCGAUUCUCGAGAAAUGUUUCUCAAACAUUACAAAAGGAUCGGUGCUCAUACCGAGGGUUGUAUUUACGCCCGGUGUAAUAAAGUUCCCGUCUUUUACAGUCCAUCAGAGGAUACCAUCAUUUGUCAUGCCGAUUCGACGCGUAACAUCGGGUUUUAUAUUCCUGGAAACGGACUUCUCUGCCCAGAGCUACUUUGUUGCAAAGAGAGAAGAAGGGGUUUCGCCGAGCUUCGUCACAUAAGCAUUCUAGGGGGUCGCUUUCUCUACGGACCUUCUGAUUAUGUUGCUUACCGUAACGAUGCUUUUGAUAAAAUUAUGAUGUUGAAGGAUGAGAAUCUUUCUCUCUAUGGAGAACUCUUCGCGACCUUUCCAAUGCUUGAGUCUUUCAGGUUUGUGAUUGGAUCCUGCGCCGUCCAAAGUAGAACCAGAGAAGUUCCCGGAAAGCGAUUCGUACAUGACUCGAAAGAGACAAUAUCGGAGGAAAUCUAUCGAGAAAAGACCGAAGAAAUACGCAUUGCUUUUGAAGAGGGGAGAAAAUUGCAUCCUGAAGUCAACAUUCCACACAUUGAGAUAGUUUGCGCUUCCGCAGACAUACUGUCAAAUUUCAAACAACCACCGAAUACAAACCCUUAUCUUACCCAUUCCUCAUUUUCAGGAUACGUAGGACAGGUUAGAAGAAGAAAUUUACAGGAUAUAGAGCUUCCAUCUUGA